CGCAGUAAAACGUCAACACGGAACAGACCAUUCACGUAAUUGUUAUAACCUAGACUUUGAUACACCCUGUGCUAACUUGUCAUAUAUAAAAUGUAACAUAAUGUAUAAAAGAUGCUAGGUUUAAGGGAUUAUAAUAUCCGAGACGCAUGCUUCCAAACAGGCACUAGGAAUAGGGACAUUUAUCGACGAAGGGGCUCCCGUGAUACGGUGUCCAAACAAAAUACUAGUAUUAUAAAGCCGGAUAGCACGUAACUAGCCCACGGUAAUCUUCACAGACACGAUUACUUUCAGAAAUCCCAUAUUAUCUGUUCACCCAGAUGAGGCGGUGAUCAUUUAAUCGACUUUUCUCGGUGUGACAACAACAUAUAAAACACAUAACAUUCUCCAUACCGAAGCGAAUCUGAGUCAGAAAUCAAUAAAUUUGCGUCAGUUUCGAUCAUCCGAAAAUCUCCAGUCAUUUCCUGUAGCCGAGGAUGGCUUGAAAAAUCUAAGAGGAUUGUCAUUUCGAGGGUAACGUUAAGGCCAACAAGUAAUAAAAUCUGUGUCUUAGACAAUAUCUCGGCAAAACACUCCGGUCAGUGCAGUGUGCCCUAGCCAAUAACCUAACGUGCGCGGGGCUGUCAUUGUGCCCUAAUUGACUCAUAGUGCGCAGAGGACGAACAGAAAGCCUCCGAAGACAGGCUCUCUCCGACCAAUCCGCUAUUUCGUCUCUCCACUUGCCAACAAAAUGGACGCUCGUCAGAGACUAACACGGCGACUGCCUCCUCUGCCGUCUUCUCUGGGAAACAAAGACGCCCAGACGGAAUCUGAGAGUCAGACGCCGUCCACUCUCUACAGACGAACUCUUCGUAAAGUCGUCAUCAAGAAACCCUCACCGUGGUCAUGUUUGUUCCCAAACAUCGCAGCUCGCAGAGAGCAGCUUUGGUACAGGAUGAAGUCGGAGCCUCGCGGUCUUGCCUUCAUCCUCAACAACAAGCACUUCGACACGAUGAAGGUCCGGCACGGCUCCGACUGUGACUCCCGCAACAUGGAGCAUCUCCUCCGGGCGCUCAGGUUCAACACCGAGGUGCACAGGGACCUGACGGCUGAGGAAAUUAUGUCCGAGCUGAGGAAGUUUUCUCUCCGGAACCACUCGGACUACGACUGCUGCGCAGUGGUCCUCCUCAGUCACGGAAACGCCGAGGCCAUCUUCGGAACAGACGGAAAACCCGUCAGCUACAGCGCCAUCCUCCAGCCUUUCGACGGGCAGCACUGCAAGGCACUCAUCAACAAACCAAAACUCUUCUUCGUGGAAGCAUGCAGAGGAGACAUGACAGACAGAGGGGCAGAUGAAUUUCCCCUCCUGCUGCCGUUCAGCUACCAGGUCACGGAAGCAAACAGGCAGAGGAACUACUUUGUGCCAUGUGACAUGCCCAACAUCUGUGACAUCUACCUCGCCUUCUCCACCGUUCCAGGUUACACAUCAUGGCGGAACUCCCAGCGUGGCAGCUGGUUUGUCCAAUCACUGAUCGACGUUUUCUCAGAGCACGCAGCAAGAGAGGACCUGUGCUCACUUAUGACAAGAGUGAAUCAAAAGGUGGCGCUGUCCUUCGAAUCACAAGGUGGAAAGCUCACCAAGAGGAAACAGGUGCCCGCGCCAGUAAACAUGAUGACGAAGAAACUUUACUUCUUCCCUGAGUAUGCCAGGUAGAAGAUGUAGGAUAGUAGUUUUGUUCUGCAAAAACAUGCCAAGUUCCUGCGAAAUGCUUGGAGGCGCACAAUUCUUUGAGGCAGAAGUCAGUAUACUAUAACAUGGAGGCAAGUUGGAACCAAAAAGACUGCUCUAUUUGAGACAUUUCUUGAAAAACUACCUCUCAGUGACAAGAUUUUUUGCAUCAUGUUUUCAAUGCCACGUCACCACCAUUAACGUGGUGAUUGUGUAGAUGGCAAUCUACAUCAGAUAAUCAUCUGAAUCCUCUAUCAUGAUCCUACUUGUGUGAAUAAUUAUCAAUAAACGUCAUUCUUCUGAUACUGUUGGCUUCUAUUAUUACUCAUUAUCUACAUCACGUAAAACACUCGUGAAAUGCUUAAAAAAUGAUUUGAAGAAUGCUAAGCUGCCCUCAUCCAAAUCUGGUGGAAAUGUUCUUGAGAAGUUGAAGGCCAGGCUCUAGAGCUUAUAUUGGGUGUUAAGUAUCCGGCUAGAAGGAACCGCUUUCACGU